GGCCAACGGUUGGGGCUGAGGAGGUGGAGUGACGUUCCCCCCCGGUCCUUGGCAAGUGUGCGCUGAGGACGGUGGGGUUCUGAGCCAGGCUGGCGAUGAUGACCGACAGCGCAGCCUGGACCUGUGGAUCCACGGACGGAGAGGCCGCGGCCAUAGGCUGGGCCGGGGCGUGGUCCGUCUUCUCAGCUCGUUUCUUGUCCAAGCCGAUGCGGGCGUCAGGGGCUCCGCCGUUGAGUUGGUUGCGGAGGUCCGCCGUGAGGUUGAAGGCCUCCUGGAAGACGUCCCUUCCGCCGACCUGGUCGGCCGUGGCGUCCUCAUCGUGCUCCCUGGGCUCUUGGUCCUCAGGGAUGACCUUGCUGACGAGGUUGCGGUUUGAUUUAGUUCUUCCCAUGAUCAGUGGUUAGCUGUGCUUGGUAGCGACGAAGGGUGCUAACUUGAUUGUUCUAGCUCUCAACGAAAGCACCAAAUGAUAGAGUAUAUCUAGAGAGAAGUGAGAGCUAGAGAGAGAAGUGCAAUAAUAUGCUUCAAUAGAAUGAAUUUGUAACCCCUAUAACUACUCCCAAGGGGAGUAUUUAUAGAGAAAAUACGGGCUGGGCUCCCAAGCCUUGGGCUUGGAGGCCCAUUUACAACUGGACCGCUACUGGGCCAAAUACAAAGCCACUAAUGGGCUGUACGAAUGAGUGAGUAUAAAAUCCGGUUCUGUGAGGUCUUCGUGGCCGACGAGGGCGUGGCCGACGAGGGCACGGCCGAGGAGGGCACGGCCGAAGAGGGCGUGGCCGACGAGGGCACGGCCGACAAGGGCGUGGCCGACGAGGGCACGGCCGAGGAGGGCACGGCCGACGAGGGCACCCGGGUUCCUUGGCUUCAGGACCAUAAUCUGAACUGGCACCUUCUCGGCCGACGGGGGUCCCUUGGCCGACGUGGGCGCCACUCGGUGUCUUGUGCUUUCUGUUCUUCCGAGUAUGUGGGUCCGGGGGCUCAGACUCAUAUACUCCAUCAGCGAGUAUUUUGGUCCCAGUGUCUGUUCCUUUUCCCGGCUUUUGUUAAGGUAAAUCCCCGACUCCAAUCUUCUUCUUCCUUCCCGUAUCUCCCUAUGGCCUGCUCCAUGGAGAUUUCUUCCUCCUCUGAGACUAGCUCCGGCUCUUCUACCGGAUCUUCAGCCGGCUCAUCUUCGGCGUCAGAAUCCAGGUCCCGUUCUUCGGCUGAGGCGAGUGGAUCUGACCGUUCCAGCGCCUCUUCAAUGGCAGUCCCUGAUGCAGUGACCGAUGCCGCCAUCCCGGUCGUUGGGGAACAUGUUGACAUGGCCGUUGCGAUGGCGGCACAACCUGCCGCGGCGGUGGGGCACCUAGACGACUACGACUCGGGGGAGGAUGCUGAAGAAGGGGAUGACCUCCGAAUGUAUAAGCGGGGCAUCCCCAUGGACGAUCAUAGGCACAUUGUGCUUAUUCCGAACGUAGCUGCGAUCGAGCAAGUUUUCUCUAAAAGGGCCUUGAGGGAGCUUCAAGUCCUCCUCCCCCCGCCUGCCUAUUAUAGCCUCCGGGGCGCGGAUAACCUCUUCAUGAGACGCCCGGGGAUAGUGAUGGUACAUAUGGACUCCCUGAAGGCCGGACUGCGGUUCCCGUUACACCCGUUCUACCUGGAUUUCUUCGAGUUCUACGGCGUGGUCCCGGCUCAAUUCAUGCCGAAUUCCUACCGCCAGAUCUCGGUGUUCCUUGUCCUUUGUAAAUCACUGGGCUCGCUUUCUCCCUGGAGUUGUUCCACUACUUUUUCCAAGUUACCCCCCAGAAUGUUGAUGGGUUCCUGAGCGUGGCCGCUCGUCUUAAGAGAAAAUUGUUCGAGGGGGCUCCCUCUUCUAUCCAUGAUUGGAAGAACCGUUAUUUCUUUAUCCGUUAUGUGAACGAUCGGCUCCCUGUACGGUGGAACGGAUACCCUCCGAAGGUCCAGACACUAGAACUGGCCCUAGUUCUGCAGGAAGCCGUGGACAAGCUGAGGCUAGGCGGUGUUAGGAGAUUAAAAGGCCUUGUGACCAUUGAGGCACUCUCCAACGCUGGGAUAGGUACCGCCCGUGAUCCCUGUACUGGCCUUCUCUAGUGUUCAUCUUGUGGGCCCGGGCGGUCUGUUCCCUGAGGAGAGUGCCUUUGUGAUUCGCACCGCCCGGUACUAAUGUUAUUUUUUCCUUUUUCAGGUCCUCCCCCUACUCAAGAUCAGAUGGAUAGCGCGGCUAUGGCACUUCGACGUGAGGCAAAGGCUGCCAAGGAACGGGAGACGCUAGCUAAAGCCCGUGCAGCUGCUUUAUCCUCUGGGGCUACUUCUUCGGCCGCAUCGCAGGCUAGCCAGCGGGUCGCCGAUGCAGAGCGGCUUCUGGUUGCUGAGGUGACCGAGCAAAACUCCGAGGCCCCUCCUCAAGAUAACCGGGUUCUGAAUGUGAACCCGGUCGACGUUGCUAUCCCUGCUGGCGGGGAUAAGGAUAAGGGGAAAAAGACGAAGAGGCCACGUCUUGAGCCCUCUGCCCCCAAGUCUACGAGCGUCGCGGUUCCCUCCGUCGUUCGUCCCAUUUCCGAGGUCUGGAAGGACAUGGCCCUCCAGGCCGGGUUGGAGCUAUCAGGUCGUUCCUCGGGCGACUCUGUUGACAACGCCCUGCUUCUGAGCCUUGAGGUCAGGCUGAGCUUGCUGCAGGCUAAGUCUGCUCGGGAGAGAGAUCUCGCCGAGCUCAGGAAGAAGGCUGAUGCGGCCCUUAAGAGGGAGCAGGAAGCUCUGCUGCAGCGGGAGGCCGCUCAGGCAGAGGCGAAGAGGGCGCAGGCUGCCCUGGCCCAGGCCCAACAAGAGCUCCAGGCCGUUCGUGCACAGGGCGAAUGUGAGAAACAAAGCCUGCUCGCCAAGGUGGCCCUGGCUGAGGAGCAUGGGAUUUUGUUUGUUCCUGUCGCAGACCCUGCCUCCCGUCCCGAAGGUGGGGAUCCUUCCACGGACGCUCUGACCCUGUCCCUUAACGUGGAGGAGUUCAAGAAGACUUCUCAGUUCCUCCAGGCUACUUAUGAGUACUGUUGGGGAGCUGCUGGGGAGGUUUUUGAAGCCGAACUGCAGUCGGUGGUGGAUAAGAAGCGUUUAGAUCAUGGGGUGUAGAUUUUGGGGAAGACUGUCCUUGGUGGUGAGUGGCUUAUGGAGCUUGCUGAUGAUUCCUUUGCCAAGGGGUACUUCGAAGGUGUAAAAGCCCUUAGAAGCGUGCUCCCUUUGGUCGGCUGUCCCCCGUUUAAUGUGGAAGAUUACACCGAUGGGGCUGAGCUUCGGCGAGUUAUGGGCAAACUCGACCGAGCCGAGCAGCGCGCGGCGGCUAUUCAGAGGGGUGAAAUCCCCGAUCCCCCCACUCCCGAGCCUCCCGUAGUGCCAGCAAAAGAUCCGUCGGCCUCCCCACACUCCCCUUCUCAUGGUUUUCUUACACAGCUUCGCUAGUUCCCUUUUCUGUUUGCUUGUACGUUCCGGCUAGUAAGGCCGAAGAAUAAAGCCUCCUUGUAUUUACAUCUUGUGUUCUGUUUACUUAUUCGUACUUUCCUACUUCCUCCCCCCUUCCUCUUUUUUUUUACGAGGAACGGCCCUUGAUCCUUAUUCAUGGGCCUUCACUUCUUCUGACGAGGAACGGCCCUUGAUCCUUACUCAUGGGCCUUCACCUCUUCUUCUGACGAGGAACGGCCCUUGAUCCUUACUCAUGGGCCUUCACCUUUUCUUCUGACGAGGAACGACCCUUGAUCCUUAUUCAUGGGCUUUAACUUCUUCUGACGAGGAACGGCCCUUGAUCCUUACUCAUGGGCCUUCACCUCUUCUUCUGACGAGGAAUGGCCCUUGAUCCUUAUUCAUGGGCCUUCACCUUUUCUGACGAGGAACGACCC